AUGGGCAUCAAUAACCCUCUCCCGUCGAAUAUGGCGUCCGAGUGCAAGAAGUGCGGCAAGAUCCUCACAUCGUUCAUCAACCCACGCCAGGCUUUUGGCCCUGACAAGGUGAUACCCCCGUCUAUCCUGGCAAACGCCAAGGGUCUAGCCAUCAUCACUGUCCUGAAGGCGGGCUUCUUGGGGUCCGGCCGAUUCGGCAGCGGCCUGGUAGUGGCGCGGCUGCCGGACGGGUCGUGGAGCGCGCCGAGCGCCAUCGCCACGGUGGGCGGCGGCUUCGGCGGGCAGAUCGGCUUUGAACUGACCGACUUCGUCUUCAUCCUCAACGACCACAACGCCGUCAAGACUUUCGCGCAGGCCGGGUCCCUGACGCUGGGGGGCAACGUGUCCCUCGCCGCGGGGCCUGUGGGCCGCAGCGCCGAGGCCGCCGGCGCCGCCUCCCUCAGGAGCAUCGCCGGCAUCUUCAGCUACUCCAAGACCAAGGGCCUCUUUGCCGGCGUGUCGCUCGAGGGCUCCGGCAUCAUCGAGCGCCGUGACGCCAACGAGAAGCUUUACGGAACGCGCUACACGGCCCAGCAGCUCCUCGCCGGAUCCGUCCAGGCCCCGCCCCAGGCCCAGCCCCUCAUGAACGUGCUCAACUCGCGCGUCUUCAGCGGCAUGCGCAUUGGCUCCACCGACGACUCCAUGUACAACGACAUGCCCAUCUACAACGAGUCAAACGAAAGCGUCGCCUACGACCCCCAGCAGGACCGCCCCUACGGCGGCGGCCGCAACGGCCGCACCGCCAGCACCUACGGCAACGGCGACGGCGGCUUCCAGCGCUCCAGCACCUGGCAGGAUGAUGUGUACGACCGUCCCUUCGGUGGCGGCGGCGGUUACGGCGGCCCUUCUCGCUCUAACACCGUCACCUCUGGCGGUGCGUUUGGCGGAAAAUCCUCUGGACCCGCGAGGCCCACGGCUCCCAAGCCAAACUUUGCCUCCAAACAAACUGCCGCACUCAAACCAAACGAGGCCGUGGCUCUGUACAACUUUGACGCCGACCAGCCCGGUGAUCUGGGCUUCAAGAAGGGCGAGGUUAUCACUAUUCUCAAGAAGACGGACAGCACUAAUGACUGGUGGACCGGCAUGAUCGGAUCACGGCACGGUAUAUUCCCUAGCAAUUAUGUCAAGAUGGGAUGA